ACAUGACACAUUAGCUCCACCCCUGACAUUACUAACAUCAUCAGGAAGUUUGUUCUCACUGCGGAGAGACACACCGGCAGACAGGCGGUAAGAUUUACCUUCAUUACAAACUGCAAACUACAAACACAGGAGUUACAGGAGAAAGAACUGAAGUCGUAAAAUACUGCCACUACAACCUGUUGCUGACUGAUAAAUUUCAAAGACUCAAAGUGAAAGUAACCGAGGCAACUUUCUGCAGCAGGAAGCUUCACUCAGACACAUAAUGGCUUCCAGUUCAGAGGAGGAUCACUGCUGCCCGGUGUGUCAUGACGUCUUUAGAGAUCCUGUCGUUCUGUCAUGUAGCCACAGCUUCUGUAAAGGCUGUCUGAGCAGCUGGUGGAAAGAGAAACCAAUACGUGAGUGUCCAGUUUGUAAGAGAAGAUCUUCAAAAGAGAACCCACCUGUUAGUCUGGUGUUAAAGAGGCUGUGUGAGGCCUUCUUACAGGAGAGGGAUCAGAGAGCUUCAGAGGCUUUCUGCACUCUGCACGCUGAGAAACUCAAACUCUUCUGCCUGGACCAUCAGCAGCCAGUGUGUGUUGUCUGCAGGGAUUCAGAAAAACACAGAAAACACAGAUUCAAUCCCGUCGAUGAAGCUGCACAACGACUCAAGGAAGAACUUCAGAAAACUUUGGAGCCUUUAAAGAAGAAGUUAAAAGUUUUUGAACGAGUUAAAGUGAAGUUUCGUGAAACAGCAGAAUAUAUUAAAUCCCAGGCUCAGUGCACAGAGAGGCAGAUUACGGAUAACUUUAAGAAGCUUCAUCAGUUUCUAAUAAAGGAAGAAGAGGCCAGGAUGGCUGCACUGAGGGAGGAAGAGGAGCACAAGAGUCAGAUGAUGAAGGAGAAGAUGGAGGCUCUGAGCGGAGAGAUUGAAGCGCUUUUGGACAUAAUUAGAGCCACAGAAGAAGAGCUGAAAGCGGAAGACUUGUCGUUCCUGCAGAACUAUAAGACUGCAGUGGAAAGAGUCCAGCAGCUCCCCCUGCUGGAGGAUCCACAGCUGGGCCCAGGAGCUCUGAUAGACGAGGCCAAACACCGGGGCAACCUGGCCUUCAACAUCUGGAGCAAGAUGAAGGACAUGGUCUCCUACACUCCUGUCAUUCUGGAUCCAAACUCGGCUCACGCAGAACUCUUCCUGUCUGAUGAUCUGAGCAGCGGGAGAGCAGAAGAGAAGCAGGAGGUUCCUGACAACCCAGAGAGAUUUGUUCAUUAUUACAUCGUGCAGGGCUCUGAGGGCUUUAACUCAGGGUCUCACAGCUGGGAUGUCCAGGUUGGAGACAAUACAUUCUGGUCAGUGGGUGUGUUAGCAGAGUCUUUCAAGAGGGAGCGAGGCACAGUUCAGCCAGGAUUAUGGGAAAUGCGGUUCCAUAAGGGUGAAUACACAAUACACACUGCAUCAGGUUGGGUCAUUGUUCUCGCAGGACCGAAGAAGCUGCAGAGGAUCAGAGUGACUCUGGACUGCGACGGAGAAAAGCUGUCGUUCUCUGAUCCGGACACUAACACACACAUAUACACUCUGAGACACACUUUCACUGAGAGGCUGUUUCCAUACAUCAGCACUUUGGACACAGUCCCACUGAGGAUAUUACCACUGGAGCUCUGUGUGACAAAACAGCCCGUCUGAGAGUCGUUAGUUGAAGGGUGAUGAUAGAAAACAACUGUUGACUACAUAAGUUGAUAUGUGCCUUAUGUAAAUAUUCAGUAUACCAGUGGUGGAAUGUAAUCAACUCUUUUUCAGCAAUGGUUAAAAUCACCACGACCAAAUGUAGCAUAAUUUUAAUUUUUUGUAGAGAUUUUUAAGAUUUUGCAGUGUGCGUUUCAACAUUUUUAAUGCAGUCUUUUGUGUUAACUGUUUUUUGUGUGUGAUUUUGGGCUAUGUUUUGUGUAUUUUUAUCUGUGUUUUUCGUAAUUUUAUUGUGUUUUUUUGUUAUUGUGGUUUUAAUGUGUGUGUUCGGUGUUUUUAUGGGUUUUCUUGUUUGUUUUUAGUGUGUUUAU